AUGUCUUCCUCGUUGACAGACACUGAUCCCAACUGGUUGAAUAAAGGAGAUCAAGCAUGGCAGCUCACAGCAGGCACGCUGGUUGCCUUGCAAUCGAUCCCAGGCCUGGCGAUUCUCUACGCCGGCUUCGUGAAGAAGAAGUGGGCAAUUAAUUCUGCCUUCAUGGUCUUCUACGCCUUCGCAGCAACACUGAUAUGUUGGGUCAUCUGGGCAUACAAGAUGGGAUUCGGCGAGCAAUGGGGCAAGUUCCCACUAGUAGGCGCACCAGGCCCAGUCUUGACAAUGCAAGAUAAUCUCGUCCAAGCCAAAAUACCCGCUGCAGGGGAGUCAGCAAACUAUAACAUGUCAACUAUGAUAUACUUCCAGUUUGUCUUCGCUGCUAUCACGGUCGUUAUUAUUGGAGGGUCAUUGCUUGGUCGAAUGAACUUUCUAGCUUGGAUGGUUUUUGUUCCGCUUUGGAUUACAUUCAGUUAUGUUGUUGGGGCAUUCAGUAUCUGGGGUGGUGGCUUCCUGUAUCAGAAAGGUGUUCUCGAUUACUCGGGCGGCUAUGUCAUUCAUCUCAGUUCUGGGACUGCAGGUUUUACCGCUGCUUAUUGGCUCGGUCCCCGCCUGAAACGAGACAAAGACUCCUUCUUCCCGAAUAACGUCCUACUGAUGCUCGUCGGUGCCGGUCUACUAUGGACAUGCUGGAAUGGUUUCAAUGGAGGUGAUCCAUACGCUGCUAGUCCCGAUGCUGGAGUUGCUGUACUCAACACCAAUAUUUGCACCGCAACAAGUCUUCUCGUCUGGACAUGCCUCGACUAUAUCUUCUUCAAGAAACCCUCUGUUAUCGGCGCGGUACAAGGCGAGAUUACUGGCCUUGUGGCUAUUACUCCGGCCGCUGGCUUUGUCACAGGGUGGGGUGCGAUAAUCAUUGGACUAUGCUCUGGUUCUAUUCCCUGGAUUACAAUGAAUGUUGCAGGAAGAACACAGAUAAUGCAAAAAGUCGAUGACGUUAUGCAAGUGGUCCACACCCACAUGGUUGCCGGGUUUCUUGGUGGAUUUCUUACUGGAAUCUUUGCUACAGCAGAUGGAUGCGCUGCAUUCGGGCUAACCACCCCUGGAGGAGCAAUUGACGGCAAUGGAAAGCAAGUCUGGCUCCAGAUUGUGGGUGGAUUAUUCAUCAUUGGAUUGAAUGUUUUCAUGACCACUUUGAUCUGCUUGUUCAUUCAAUAUGUGCUUCGGAUCCCGCUACGUAUGAAAGAGGAGCAUCUUAUGGUGGGUGAUGAUGCCGUUCAUGGCGAAGAAGCCUAUGCUCUUUUCUUUGAGGGUGAAAGAAGCCAUAUAAGUCUUCAAGGAGCAGCCCUUGAAAGCGGUCAUAUUACAGACACUGUUAGCCUUCAGAACAUCCAUAAGGCUGAGCCCCUGUCCCAUGGCAGUCCUUCUGGCUCUGCGAUCAAAUCGGAUUGA